UUUGGCUUUCUUAUGUCUUUUUAUUAAAGGGCAAACUUUUUUUUGUGGAUUUUACUUUGAUAAAUAUGUAUAUGAUAUGAUCGUUUCCGCUCUUCCAAAUUCAAUUCCGAGUUUGACUUCCAGGCAAAGAUGGUUGAUUAAACAAUUGUGUAAAUGUUGAUCUCUGUUCCACGCAGAUUUACUGAUAUAAAAUCAGAUGUUUGCCUUAUUUUACUCUAGUUAGUUAACCACCAUGAUUGGCCGGUGUCUGUCUGCCAUGCUGCUGCUCCUUAUCCCGAUUCAGGGAUCAGUUUCCACCUCUUAUUUCGACAGCAUGGAGAUACAGCCCCGCAUUAUUGGCGGUCAGGUGUCCAGCAUCAAGAAGGAAAAAUAUCUCGUACAGGUCACCACAUCCACGGAGCUGUGUGGAGGAUCGCUUAUAAAACCCCGUUGGGUGAUCACUGCGGCCCAUUGCGUUUACGCCAAGAAUAAGGAUGAGUUCAAGGUUUAUGGUGGUGCCUCCGAUCAGGGUGGUCCAUAUGCUACUAUCCGCCAGGUGGACUUUGUGGCAAUUCGUCCGGAUUUCAAUCGCAAGACCCUUAAUAUGGAUGUGGCUGCACUGCGUCUUACUUCAGAAAUGACUGGAGCUAACAUAGAGACCAUAGCUUUGGCCUCCGAAUCCGUUCCAGCUCGAGUUUUGGUCAAAGUCUCGGGCUGGGGCUUUUUAACUCCCGAUGCCACUGAAACGGCAACGCGGGUGCACAGCGUCCUGGUGCCCAUGUGGUCGCGCUUCUCCUGUGUCGCGGCUUUCAAGGGCAUCCAUCGCAUCACCCGCUCCAUGAUGUGCGCCGCCAAGCUGUAUAAAAAGGAUUCCUGUGAUGGUGACUCGGGAGGUCCUUUGGUAUAUCGCGGUGAACUGGCCGGAAUUGUAUCCUUCGGCUAUGGAUGCGCCUCCUCUCUGCCUGGUGUUUAUACCAGUGUGCCUGUGAUCCGGGAUUGGUUUCUGCGCGUGGUAGAAGAGCAUUCCUAAGUCUAAUCUUAAGUUAUUUCACUAAGGGUCAAUAAAUAGUUCAUAUUUAUCUAGAGGCAAUUAACUGGGGUA